GACGUCGGUAAGCUACGCGAUAUGAUCAAAACAAAGACGUACCACUGACGAGUAUGCCCUAUGAAAGAUCAGCAUGUCGUCGACAGGGCUGCUACGAUGAGCUUUCUGACAAGCGAGUCUCAGGACGGAAGGGAGGUCCGUACGCCACAUCAUGCGUUCCGAACGAGCGCGCCGCUGACAAGCCGGAUAUCCGUGAUUUAGCCCACUCAUUGGACGAUGAAUACCGGGAGUGUCUAUCCUCUGAAUGCCACUGUCAGUGUCUCACGGCCUUUUGCUUCAUAGGCACCAUCCUGGUCGUGGCGUCGAGAGUGCAAUCGGUCCAGCGCGCGCGCUGUGUACUUGCCGGCGACCUGCCUUCCACCGUUGUGGACGUCAAUGCGCCGUAUAUCAUCUUAACGAAGGUGAGCCAUACGAGACAUGAACAGACUCUGUGCGUACCACUCAUGGGUUCCCUCUCUGACAGGCCGGAGCAUUGUCGGCAUGCGGUCUCCUGGCAUACAUGCUGACGAUACGGAGUGGCGUCUCCUCGAAGAGCUAGCUCGUUCCGACUUGUCGUCUGCAUAGAAAGGUGAGCGAGUGGCCCGUCUGCGUACCUUUGUCCGAGAGCGCGAUGGCGUUCCUUCACAGAACAUCCAGGGCGUCUAGCAGCGAUGAAGCAAC